UCUUCUAGUCAAAGCCAGGAAAAAGAUACCAAAAAGAAGAAAAGGAAGGAAAAUGAGCCUGACAGUGAGGUGAAACAGCAACCAUAUUUCAUAAAAGAAAGAUUGAAGCUUUUUGAAAUACUGAAGAAAGAUCAUCAGCUCUUACUUGCCAUUUAUGAAAACAAGGAGAACACGAGUGAUGUGAUCACAGUGCAAGUGGUGGAUGGGCCAACUGUGGAAGGGGAGGUUUGGAAAACAACACCUUAUCAAGUGGCUGCUGAAAUUAGUCAAGAACUGGCUGAAAACACAGUCAUAGCCAAAGUCAAUGGUGAAUUGUGGGACCUGGACCGCCCAUUGGAAGGAGAUUCCACUCUGGAGCUGCUUAUGUUUGAGAAUGAGGAAGCUGAAGCUGUAUAUUGGCACUCCAGUGCCCACAUUCUCGGGGAGGCCAUGGAGCUUUACUAUGGAGGCCACCUGUGCUAUGGUCCACCCAUUGAAAACGGAUUCUAUUAUGACAUGUUCAUCGAGGACAGAGCAGUGUCCAGCACAGAAUUGGCAACACUGGAGAACAUAUGUAAAGCUAUCAUAAAAGAAAAGCAACCUUUUGAAAGAUUAGAAGUCAGCAAGGAAGUCCUACUGGAAAUGUUUAAGUACAAUAAAUUUAAAUGCCGCAUGCUGAAUAAGAAGGUUAACACUCCAACUACCACAGUUUACAGGUGUGGUCCACUGAUUGACCUUUGUAAAGGCCCCCAUGUGAGACACACUGGAAAAAUUAAAACCAUAAAAAUUUUCAAGAAUUCCUCAACAUAUUGGGAGGGCAAUCCUGAAAUGGAGACACUGCAGAGGAUCUAUGGGAUAUCCUUUCCUGAUAACAAGAUGAUGACAACCUGGGAGAAGUUCCAAGAGGAAGUCAAGAACCGAGACCACAGGAAGAUCGGAAAGGAACAAGAACUUUUCUUUUUCCAUGAUCUGAGUCCUGGAAGCUGUUUUUUUCUUCCCAGAGGAGCCUUCAUUUAUAAUACACUUAUGGAUUUCAUGCGAGAGGAAUAUCACAAACGUGACUUCACAGAAGUGCUGUCUCCCAAUGUAUACAACAGUAAACUCUGGGAAGCCUCAGGCCACUGGCAGCAUUACAACGAGAAUAUGUUUACCUUUGAGAUUGAAAAGGACACUUUUGCCCUCAAACCUAUGAAUUGUCCAGGGCACUGUCUGAUGUUUGCCCAUCGUCCACGGUCUUGGAGAGAAAUGCCUAUUAGAUUUGCUGAUUUUGGAGUUCUACAUAGAAAUGAACUGUCGGGGACUUUAAGCGGCUUGACCAGAGUCAGACGUUUUCAACAGGAUGAUGCUCACAUCUUUUGCACAGUAGAGCAGAUUGAAGAUGAAAUAAAGGGAUGUUUGCAGUUUUUGAAAUCUGUUUACUCAACAUUUGGCUUCUCCUUUCAAUUAAAUUUGUCAACAAGGCCUAAAAACUUCCUAGGAGAGAUUGAAAUAUGGAACGAAGCUGAAAAGCAACUGCAGAAUAGUUUGAUGGACUUUGGAGAACCAUGGAAAAUGAACCCAGGAGAUGGAGCAUUUUAUGGUCCUAAAAUUGAUGUAAAAAUCAAGGAUGCCAUUGGCAGAUACCAUCAAUGUGCUACAAUUCAGCUGGACUUUCAACUGCCUAUUAGAUUUAAUCUCACAUAUGUUAGUAAGGAUGGGGAUGAUAAGCAGAGGCCUGUGAUCAUUCAUCGAGCCAUUUUGGGAUCAGUGGAAAGAAUGAUAGCCAUUCUUUCAGAAAACUGUGGAGGGAAAUGGCCUUUUUGGCUGUCUCCUCGUCAGGUAAUGGUCAUCCCUGUGGGGUCAACUUGUGAAAAAUAUGCACUUGAGGUAUCCAAUGAAUUUUUUCAAGAAGGAUUCAUGGCUGAUGUUGAUGUAGAUCAUAGUAGUACACUAAAUAAGAAAAUACGAAAUGCACAGCUGGCUCAGUAUAAUUUUAUUUUGGUUGUUGGAGAAAAGGAAAAGAUAAAUAAUGCUGUAAAUGUUCGAACAAGAGACAACAAAAUUCAUGGAGAGAUUUCAGUCACUUGUGCCAUCAAUAUAUUGAAGAAUCUCAAGAAAUCACGUACACUAAAUGCUGAGGAAGACUUUUGAACUCCCUUCCUUGUACUUGCUUCUGUGUAACUUUGUUUUGACCCUUAACAUGUAUUUUUCUUAACUAAUUAAAAUGUUAGUACGUCUUCUCAGAACUUUG